AUCGAUGAUCACUUUGAGUACAUCGAGAAACUCGGCAAAGGAUCGUACGGGACUGUCAUCGCUGCAAUGGACAGGAGGACCAAGAACAAGGUUGCGAUCAAGGCCAUCUGUGAAACCUCGGGGAGUCAACCAGCAUCUCUUCAGUUGUUGAGGGAGAUCCUAUGUCUUCGACACUUCUCCGGGCAUGAGAACAUCGUACAGCUGCAGUCUGUUUUCCUCUUCCCAACGUCGAGAGAGGACUUCAAGAGUGUCUUUCUUGUCAUGGAGAUCAUGGACACUGAUUUGCAUCGUAUCAUCCGAUCAAAACAAACUCUCAACCAAGAUCAGGUCAAAAUUUUCAUGUAUCAGAUUCUUCGAGGAAUCAAAUUUCUUCAUUCUGCUAAGGUCAUUCAUCGCGAUCUUAAGCCAAGCAACAUCCUUGUCAACUCCAAUUAUGAUCUCAAGAUCGGCGACUUGGGCUUGGCGGUCGACGACAUCGGUGCGCCAAAGACCACAUACGUUGUGACUCGUUGGUACCGAGCUCCAGAGGUGCUUAUGGGAGAUUCAGACUACAACACGUCCAUCGACAUCUGGAGCGUGGGCUGCAUCCUCGCAGAGUUGUUAGGUAGAAGAGCUUUCUUCCCUGGCUCUCACUCGAUGGACAUGAUCGAGAGGAUCGUGAAAUACUGCGGUCGGCCUUCAUCCUUUAGAAAGAACUACAGCGGCUUGGGUACUCCCUUUCUCGCAUUGUUGAGAUCUCUUCCCAUGAAGCCUCAGAUCUCCUGGGAGACUCAAUUUCCUGACGCCGACGCCGAAACUAUCCACCUCUUACACUCCUGCCUGACGAUGAUGCAGUUUGAGAGUGCGAUGAGAAGGUCAGCCACCGAGCUGCUGGCUCAUUCUUACUUCACAGGUUUACACGACGAGACCGACGAGCCGGUGAGUUGUGAG